GCAGCAGCAGCAGCAGCAGCAGCCCUGGAUUGUGUUUACGACGCAGAGCACGAGAGCGGCAACCUCGGGAGAAACGGACACCGCGCCCAAUCAUUUCUUUACCCUAUAGUCUAGCGUCCUGAGCCCGCGAGGUUACUCGCUUCAUCAGUCCGUUUGACGUCCCCUUCCUUCAGCGAGGCGAGGCUGUCUCCCGUUCGGUUUUUAAUCGGUUGUUUCGGAGCGCAGCUGCAAGGGAGACGAAUCAGCCUCCCGACGUUAUAAUACACAGGUGAGGAGCGCGAGCAAACCGUGGAAACGAGAAACCAAUCAAAAAUAUCACGCACGCGACGCCAGCGCGCUGAUACUGGAAUCUAGAACGGCCGCCGGUCCCGUCCACAUCCAGCGGCGCUGCCUCUGCACUUAGCUGGGGGGAAACCGAGAGCAUCCCUCCAUCCCAUCCAGUCUAUCAUUUGCCUCUCUCACCCCAUCAUAUGCCAGAGCUUUAAGGUGGUCUCAUCCAGUCAGGGACCAAGGGGUGGGGGGGAGGAAGAGGGAGGCUGUGCGUGGCCGCUGUGUGGACGCACCCUCCGCGUGGUGAGGCUGGGUUGAAGCGCCGCUGUCUCGGAGGAUGCUGCGGGAGUAGAGCGGCUCAGAGCGGAAGAUGGGGAAGGACCAGGAACUGCUGCAGGCGGUGAAGACCGAGGACCUGCUCACCGUGCAGAAGCUGCUGCAAAGGCCCCGGCCAGGGAAAGCAAAGCUCCUCGGAUCUGCAAAGAAAGUGAAUGUCAACUUCCAGGAUACAGAUGGGUUUUCUCCGCUGCAUCAUGCGGCGCUCAAUGGGAACCUGGAGCUUAUCACUCUGCUGCUGGAGUCACAGGCUGCUGUCGACAUCAGAGACCAGAAAGGUAUGCGGCCGCUGCACUAUGCAGCGUGGCAAGGGAAGGCGGAGCCUAUGAAGAUGCUGCUGAAAUCCGGUUCAUCUGUCAACGGCCAAUCAGAUGAAGGACAGAUUCCUCUCCACCUGGCAGCACAGCACGGCCACUACGACGUGUCGGAGAUGCUGCUGCAGCACCAGUCCAACCCGUGUAUUGUGGACAACGCAGGCAAAACACCUCUGGACCUGGCCUGUGAGUUCGGCAGAGUUGGGGUGGUCCAGUUGUUGCUGUCCAGUAAUAUGUGUGCUGCUUUGCUGGAGCCCAAAAAAGGAGACACCACCGACCCCAACGGGACGUCUCCUCUCCAUCUGGCUGCCAAGAACGGACACAUAGACAUCAUCAGACUGUUGAUCCAGGCAGGUAUCGACAUCAACAGACAGACCAAAGCGGGCACUGCCCUGCAUGAAGCUGCCCUGUGUGGCAAGACCGAGGCAGUGAGACUCCUGCUGGAAAGUGGUAUCAACGCCACGGUGAGAAACACCUACAGCCAGACUGCACUCGACAUCGUCUACCAGUUCACUGCAACACAAGCCAGCCGAGAGAUCAAACAACUGCUGAGGGAUGCGUCAGCGGCCCUUCAGGUUCGGGCUCUGAAGGAUUACUGCAACAACUAUGACCUGACCAGCCUAAACAUCAAAGCAGGAGACGUCAUUACGGUUCUGGAGCAGCACCCUGACGGACGCUGGAAAGGCUGUAUCCAUGACAACCGAACAGGAAACGACCGGGUGGGCUACUUCCCGUCCACCAUGGUGGAAGUCAUCAGCAAGCGCACAGGUUUGGCCAGCACAGUCAUUUGCACUCAACAGUUUCAAAAGAUACCGCUGGUUCCUCCGGCGACGGUUGCCCCUGCCAACGCGGUAGUCAACGGCAACGACACCACGUUCCAUCAGAUCCAUAUCCUGCCUCCACCGCCUCCUCCUCCACCACAUUCCCAUCAGCCACUGCUUCCACUUUUCACUUCCUUUGGCUAUAGCAAGUCGCCCGUGACAACCCCACAGGGAGACACACCCACUGCCCCAGGUUGUCGCGGCUCAGAGGCAAGUCCUCACAGCUCUCCCACCACAUCCCGCGGGCCCCAUGGAGGCUCCAACGAAGAGAUCUGGGUACUGCGCAAGCCCGUGGCAGGUGGAGACCGCAGCAGUGUGGGUAGUUCUGGCAGUGUGACCAGUGUGAGGUCGUCGGGCAGCGGUCAGAGUGCCGGCAGUGCACACAUCCUCCAUGCACAGGCUGAAGGGGUUAAGCUUCUCGCCACAGUCUUGUCCCAGUCUGCCAAAGCCAAGGAGCAUCUACUGGAGCAGUCCAAGUCUGUGGACCAGCCUGCAGCAGGCUCCGCCAGCUCCUCUCGGACAUCAAGCCAAUCGGGCUGUCCACUCCACGAAGCGCCGCCUUACGAUGCCACGGCAACUAGGAAGGGGGAGGGGCAAGGCGAGGGGAAGAGCUCAGAGGCCGUUGUCCAAUGGCUGAGCGACUUUCAGCUGCAGGUCUACGCUCCAAACUUCCUGGGCGCUGGGUAUGACUUGCCCACCAUUAGCCGAAUGACCCCGGAGGAUCUGACAGCUAUUGGAAUAAGUAAACCAGGUCACAGAAAGAAGAUGACAUCAGAGAUUAACAAACUAAGUGUCACUGAGUGGCUGCCUGACCACAAACCUGCUAGUCUAGGAGAGUGGCUGUCUGCUAUUGGUCUAAGCCAGUACCACCAGGUGUUGGUGCAGAACGGUUACGAGAAUAUCGAGUUCAUCACUGACAUCACCUGGGAGGACCUUCAGGAAAUAGGCAUCAUCAAACUGGGCCACCAGAAGAAGCUGAUGCUGGCGGUGAAGCGGCUGGCUGAAAUGCAGCGCGGUUCAGACGGCCGGGGCUCACUCAGAAAGAAGCCCCCGCCAAUCACACAGCAGCAGGACGUCCUGUCCAUGGACAGCCCGCCUCCAGAUGAGGUCAUGUCUCCAAAGAUGAGCACUUUCCAGGACAGCGAGUUGAGCACCGAGCUGCAGAAUGCCCUGAUCCAGCCAGGUCAGGAGGUAAAAGCUCAGCGAACACGCAGCAAAGACCAUGAUGAGGUGAUGACAGGAGGGGGAGGAGGUGCUGGGCCACCUAAGAAAGAGGCGCGGACUAUGAGGCAACAGAGCAGCCAGGGAAGCAGCUCCUCCCACAGAGGCAGCACCUCCUCCCAAGGCAAACACCGUCACUCCCACUCCCAGCCUGCGCCUCCCUACACGCCCCCUCACACCCCAACCAAGACUAGAACCUCAUCUUCCUCCUCCACCUCCUCCGUCCAGAGCACAGCGUCCCCGCAGGCCAAACACAAGCCGCCCCCACAGUUCAUCCAGGGGGAGAGGCCUCAGUCGCCGCGCUCCCACCCCCCUCAGUCUCCAACCCAACGCGGACCUCCGUGUGCCCAGCUCCCGCCCCAGCAACCCCAACAACAGCAGCCUCAAGUCCAGCCGCAGCAGCAGGCACACCCUCAGCACCAUCCACAGACGCAGGCGAUGGAGGUUAGGGAGAACCACCAGCCACAGGUGCCGCUGCUCUGCCUCCCGCCAGAGGCGGAGCUGGCUGAGAGAGACGGAGAGGAGCCUUCUGCGCUGCAGAAGAAACGCUCCCACAGCCUCAACCGAUACGCCGUCUCAGAUGGGGAGUGCGACGAGAGAGCAGGAGGAGUUGGAGGGCAAGAGGGAGGUGGAGUGGGGGAAGCAGAGGUGGCGGGAGGUCAGGGCUCUGCCGCCGUCAGAGGGGACGGAGUUAAAUACGCCACGGUGACCCACCGCGUCAGCCGCAGCCACUCGGUCCGCAACCAGGACAAGAACGCCAACCGCACCCUGACGCAGUCUUUUGCUCUGCGUCAGAAGAAAAAAGGCCCGCCCCCGCCACCGCCCAAACGCUCUAGCUCUAACAUCUCCACCUCCAACUCCAACCUGACGGAAGCCAACACACUGCCGCACGCGCUCACCACCACGGGGGGGAUGCUGGACGUGCCUUACCACCAACAGCGACGGGCCAGCGACCUGGGGGUGUCCGUAGAGACGGCCGCCGUGGAGACAAGCAGCGUGGGUAGUGUGAGGAGCAUCGCCGCCAUGUUAGAGAUGUCUUCCAUAGGAGGUGGAGCCAAAGGCAUGGCACUGCAGAGGAAUUUCCUGCAGGUGGGGAAAACACGCGAUGCCAUUGGUCUGGACGGUGAAGUGGUGAACCGGCGGCGGACCAUUAGUGGCCCUGUCACUGAGCUGGUGGCAGCUGCCAGGCGUGAACAACCAACUCCCUCUGCUUUACCCUCUCCCUCCGUCCAGCCUGAAACCUCCCCUCCCCCUGUAAAUUCCUCCUCCCCAAACCCUCCGUCCUCCCCCCACCCCAGCUCGGGAGGCAGUUCGUCAGAGAACCUGCCGUUUGCAGAUGAGGGAAGCCUGACCAUCCGUCGCCAAGGACGAGGAGAAGGAGAAGGACAGUGUGUAUUUUGUGUUUGUCUGCAGGGAGACGGCGAGGGUCCCCAGGGAGACGGGGAUUACACGCAGGAGGACAUCUCCAGGGUUGAGGCCACGGCGACCUUAAAGCGACGGCCCCGCAGCUCCAAGCCCCACCCCAACGGCUCCGACUUCACCCUCCAGGAGUCGUCCACCGUCAAACGGCGGCCCAAGAGCCGCGACAAGGAGCCAGAGGGCUACGCAGACCUGGCUGCUAACGGAGAGCCUGUGGGGGCCGGGCAGCCCAACACCACGCAGCCAGUACCCUACCAGAACGGCACGGCCACAGUGAAACGCCGCCCGGUGUCUGAGGCCGGAGUGACAGAGCAGCCGCAACCUCAACCUCAACCUCAACCUCAAUCUCAACCUCAAUCUCAACCGCAAGUGACUGCCACGCCCCGCAGGGACAAUGUGGACCAAGGCGCUCCAGUGGCCAAUGAAGCAGGCCCUGUGAGAAAACCAAAGCCUCCAGUCUCCCCGAAGCCUGUGGUGGCACAGAUAAAGAGACAGGCAGGCCCACAGUCCCCCCCACAGCCGAUCUCCAACAAAAGAGUCCCCCUGCCUGGCCCGGGGACGCCUGGAAGCCCAGUGAAUGGAAAGAAGAUCCCUCCACCUGUGUCGCCUAAACCGGCGCCCCCACCCACGGCACCCAAACCGGCCAAGCUCAUCCACUCCAUGACCAGCCCCCCCUCCCCUAACCCGUCCUCUGCCCCGGUCAAGCAGCACCAUGCGGUGGCCCGACAGACCAGCUCACCCCCCUGCUUCCCCCCUUCCAACAUCCCCAGCCCGCCAAACGCCAAGCCGCUGAGCCCGUCUCCGCAGAGCCCCCACACCCCGCAGACCCCCACUACACCACAGACGCCCCAGACUCCCGCCACUCCCAGCCCGACCCCGCCACCCGUCAAGCCCCCUCGCUCCUCCAUCGGUGGGGUGUCGGUGGACACUGGGAUGGCGGGAGGCGGGGUCACGGUGCCGGCCGCAACGACACCGGACUUCGGUGUGGAUUCAUUGGUGCAUCAGAAGCUGGAGGAGACAAGUGCGUCGCUGGCCGCCGCUCUGCAGGCCGUGGAGGACAAGAUACUGCGGCAGGAAGACUCUGUGGAUGAGCAGAAGACCACGGUUAGCAUCCUCGACGACAUCGGCAGCAUGUUCGAUGACUUGGCCGACCAGCUGGACGCCAUGUUGGAGUAACGGCAGGAAGCAGUCGGCGUGUCUCCACGGCAACGCUGCAUCAGGAGUGACUCAGACGGCACAAUGGGCAAUACGCCUCUCGAACUCUCUCUCCUUCCUUUCAUCCUUCUCUCUCUCUGCUCGCGCUCGUCGUCUAUCUCACUCGUCCUGUCGUCCGUCGCUGCUCUGGAAAAGCUCUUUUCUCCUCCUCUUCCUCUUCCUCUUCCUCUUCCCUCCAUCUCCCGACCGCCGAUGAUGAAAAUAAUGAUGGAGCAGCGCCGCAGGCCUGGACAGACAUGUGGCAGAGAGGGUGCAAGAAUGAAGAACGGAUAAAGAGAGAGACACCAAAAGAGAGAGGGUCAAAAAAAAAAGAAAAUUUUAAAAAAGGACCAAAAACGACUGAUGAUGUGUAGAGGAAAUAAAAGAAUAAAUCUAAAGCUGGACAGAUGACGAAAUGCAACAAAACGGAAGAGAUCGCAAUCAAAACGUGGGUCGUUUUCAGAACUCCACAUGGACUCUACGAACAAAUAAACUAAAGUAAUACCGAUUGAAAAAAAAAACCCAACUGUGUUAACGAAUCAUAGUAUGGUAUGUGUACAUUCUAAGCAUGGAGAGUUUAUAUCUACUGAAAAAGUCCUGCAUUAGCACAGUAAUAUAUAAUAUAGCGAUAAAUAUGAAUCUCUAGCUCUUUGGUUUGAUGUCUUGGUUCUGUGUGGAAUGGUGACCUCUGGUGUUGUGACGAUGUAAAGGACUAGGUGGAAAGAUUUUUAUCUGUGACCAAAACGAGACUAUUCAGCUCCUGAAGUGUGUGUGCGAGUGUGUGUGUGUGUGUGUGUGUGUGUGUGUGCGUGUGCGUGUGCGUGUGCGUGUGCGUGUGCGUGUGUGUGUGUGUGUGUGGCAGAUGUGUGCAUGUGAGCGUUUGUGGAUUGUCGGAAUUUCAGGAUCAAGUUCAGUUUCCUCUCCUGGCUGCGUUCAUACACUCCGCUCCAUCCUCAUUAUCACCCCGUAACAUAGACACACACCAACAGGAGAAGCACAAUGACCUAUGCAGCCAACUUGCACACGCACACACACAGAUAUAUAUACACACACACAUACACACACACACACACGGGAGCCUGCACAAUAACAAUUCAAACAGGAAGGGGAGGGGAGGGAACUGCAGCAAGGCUACAGCAGGUUGUGUGAAAGCAGAUGUUAGGUCUUGGGGAUAACGUUGGCUUUUAAGUUGUGGAGAAGGAUUUCAGGAUGGUAAGGUAGUAGGUAGGUAGUAGAGUUGGCCAGUUUUCAGGAGAUUGGGUCAAAGGUCAGAUUGGGCCCAGUUGCAGCACAAAGCAGUAAAGUCUCGAGAGAGCUAAAUUCAGCUUGACCCCCUGACAGUUUCUAAUCAUUCCUGAUACCUGCUGCUAUCUCAGAAGAAAACAACAACACACACGUCAUGUGUUCCCCACACUCACAACAUUGACUAACCUUUUGAUUUUGAUUGCAAUUCAAACACUUUUAAGUAGGAAUGCACAGUGCCUGAAUUGGACCGAAAAAAGAAGAAGUGUGCCAGCACCCUAAUUCAGCAGUUGCCUGAUAUGAUCAGCGCACGUAUCUUGGAUAUAUUUAUAUUUAUACGUUUAUCUUGCACUGUGGACGCCCGAAUAGUCGACUAUUCAAAAUUCAACCUAAGGAGGCUAUCAGUCUCACAGUCACAUCAUCACGGUGUCUGAAAGUGUGGUUGUGAUCAUUCCGUUCGGUCUAUAUGGGGGGUGCUGAAUGUCUGAUGAUUUGACAUAGAAUUGCUUGUUUUCUCAUAAUAUUCAUAAUAUAUAGCCUACUUUGGUAUAAAUAUCAGCCAAAGACUAUACAGUCUAUGAUAUCAGCCGAAUAACAGGCUACUGUUAAUGACAAUUAGAAGUAAGGGUACUCGUGUGGACAAAAAUCAGAAGUGCUAGUACUCAGUACAGCUAAGUACUGGCCCAUUUCAGGCACCGGGGGUGUGUUGAUGCAACUAUACUCUUCCGAAAACUUCACUCAGGGUCUCUGCUGGAACAGAUUUCCGAUCUAGUAGUAGUGCUCUCUUUGAUCCAUUAAAAUACUCUAAUUUGAAUAGUUAUUUGUGUCUAGUUUUUACUACAGAAAAUUUAAUUUACCGUGGUAAAAAAAUCCUGGAUCUUUAAAUAUAUGCAUAUAUUUUUACAUGGUGCAAAAACCUCAGCCUGUCAGUCAGCAGCUUGCCUUGAGUGAACACAGAAUUUGUAUAUUAAUACUGAUUAAAUAACUAUUUAAUGUGGAUUGGUCACAUCUGGCUGAGCCAGUUAAUAAGGUCAGCUACUGGUGCAUCCCUACUUUAAAGACCCUGUAUUCAUUCAUACUUUUAGGAUCAAUAACUGUCCUGAAUCCCUAUGUGGGAUCUCUAAAAAUUCAGCAAAUAAAAAGAUUAGAAUAGGAGCGAUACCCUUCCUGACAACCUCAGUGGAUAGCCGUCCUCUUUAAAUCUUCAUCGCUCCCGUCCCACACUCUCCUUAACCACCCACCCUGUGUUGCCAUGACAAUCUACAUCAUCAACCUCACCAUCCUCAUUGUCAUCACCAUAGUUACUACACAGUGUUGCCAUGAUAUGGGAUAAAAAAUAAAAAUGCUGAUGGAGCAAGCAGCGGCAGAGAUCUGUGAAGCUGUUUGGGAUGGUUUGUUUCAGUGCAACGUUUAAAGGGCCACUCCAGCCAUUUUUGUCCUGUACUUAUAAAGGGUAUGGGUCAAGCUCCAAAAGAACUGGAUCAUACACUUCCCAUAAUGCAUCUAAAUGGUGUCUUUUACUAGAUCCUUUCUGCCUGGUAAACGCCCAUAUCUGUCAAAACUCCGUGACGUCACUUUGUAACGCAGGAUCUCAUUUUUAAAAUAAUAACUCUGAUGACAUCACUAUGACAUCAUUCUGGAUUUUUACAAAACUCCUCCAGAGGAAAUUAAACAUCUGUUUUUCAGGGGCGGAGCAAAAGAGGGUGGCUUCGGGGGCUCCAGGCCCGAAUGUUUUCUUAAAAGGCGCAAAUCUUUAAGGGUUUUAAAAUAACUUUUUGUCAUUUCCCCUCAGUUUCUCUGACUGGACCGGCAAAUCAAUGGAGCACAAGUUAUAUAACUGGAGAAAUAUCAUAUAUCAGCCAUUCAUUCUGGGAAAAUGUUUCAAGAUUAGUAAUGCCAGUUUAUGCCAAAUGCCUACCUUACCCAUGUUAUGUAACUUAGUAACAUCAGGCAGUUUCUGCCUCUUUUUAGGUAGCAGAAGUGAAAAGUAGGGCUCCUCAACAUCGGUUGGGUUCUGGUUUCAGAAUGAUGAAGACAGUUGGAAAACAAUAGAUACAAAACAGGAUGUCGGCUCUCUAGGAUACUUUUCCUUUGCAUCUGGCAAAUGGCUAAAAAAAUUAGCAUACAGCUGCCGUAAUGGAGGCGGAGAAGUUUACAACGUCUGGCUCCGCUCCUGCCGUUUUCAAAAGCUGAGCUGUACUUGACUAGUAAACCAAUCUUCAUGUGUAAAAUUGGUGGAGUGCCCCUUUAAAGUCCUCAAACACAACCAGAAACUGCAUCCAGCGAGCUGCUGCCAGGCUCUGAUCUUCCAUAUGCACCGCGGCCCAUUAAGAAAAUCCAGGUUUCACAUUCCCAUAGCAGCCACACUCCUUAUAUAAAUGACUAAGAAUUCAGAGAAUAGUUGUGGUUUUUAAAUUAUGAUCAAAUAGAGAUUAUAUAUAUGGAUAUUUGCAACAACAACAAAAAAAAAGUGUAUUUAUGAUGUGUGUGUCAUCCUGAAGACUAUUUUUCAAAGUAAACAGAUCUAAUCUGAGUGUUGAGUCAGUUUGCUUCUCCAUGCUUAAGUGGUCCGAGCUGAUGAAUCAUUGUAGGUAACCAUGUUGGGAUAUUUCCAGGUUUGUGUUUUUUUUUUUUUUCAUGUUUUCCUCUGCCUACAUGUGUCCAGGUGUGUCGAUGUGUAUAAUACAAGCAGUUCUUGUUGUUCCGUUUUAUUAUUUUUGUAUUAUUUUAAAUGCAAUGUUCUGUUUUUUCCUUUGAAACAUGUGCCUUGCUUUGUGAUUUUGGUCUGACUACAAUACAGUAGAUGGGUAUGUACAAUAUAUGAGGAUCUCUCUCCUGUUCUGUCAUGCAUUGGUAGUUGAUAUGCCAUCAUAAAAAAAAAGUAUGGUGCCUCCCCACCCCUCUCCCACCAUCACCAACGAGAUGAGAUAUUUGAAACAUUGUACAUCUUUUUGACACUUGCUGUUAAGUAAUUCAUCAGUAAUACAUACCAAAUUAAUGUCUCUCUCUCUCCAUCUGAUUGGACAAUUAGAAAGUAACUUAUUCCAAUUAAACAGACACAUUUUGGACACGUGCGUUUACAUGCAACAUGUGAUCUAUGUUAUCCGAACGUAAAAGGUAGUAACAGUGUACCAAUUUGGAAAAUGUGUGUUUUUAUUGCCCUCUUGCUCAGAGUUAGAUGAGAAGAUUAAUACCACUCCCUUUUAUAACGUACAUUGAACUCUCGGCAAGAAAGUGACUGUGUAUUUUCGACUACUUUUGAAUGUGGAUUUACUAAAAACAUGCCUGUAAUAAACACUAAUUAGUCAAAUGUCAGUUAUGAUGGUUGGAACAGCUGUGCAUUUGAAUUUUCCCAUCUGUCUGACUUUUCCAACCUGAUGUUUAUGUGGAAUUUCCGAGCAGAAAAAGCAAGUAUUCCGAAUUGAUUUUGUAGCACAUGAAUCCAUGGCAACGUCCUGUGAUCAGAGGCUGUACUGUACAGAGGUCAAAGGUUAACUCUAGUUCUCUCACUUAACUUCUACCACACACACACACACAGGCCCUGUCCUGCUAAAGCUUUUAGCCUUUUCUCCUCCUUCCUCGGGUCUCACUUUGGUCAUUUCUCAUGUUGUACGCAUUCUUCAGAGGUGUGUUUGAGGCUACAAAAGAGAAAUAUUGCAAAUGGUGAAGGAAAAAACAACAACACGGAUGGUCAUAUAUGUUAUGGAACAAAAGUACAGUUCAUUUUCUUUCCGAACAAAAGAAGAAGCCAAGCUGUUUCUAUUUUGGUUUUCCGCUUGUGCUUAUCUGAACACAUACCGGACUGGAGUCUCCUCUGCAUUGCAGUGACUGUAUGUGAAUGCUUGAGAGAGGCCGAGUGUGUUAUAUGUUGCUCUGCUAUUGACUGUGUGAAACCUGUGUGUGUGUGUGUGUGUGUGUGUGUGUGUGUGUGUGUGUGUGUGUGUGUGUGUGUGUGUGUGUGUGUGUGUGUGAGUGUGUGUGUGUGUGUGUGUUGUAGUGGCUGGACAGUGGUGUGCUUGCAGUGACUGCAUCUUAUGGCCAUCUGCUCUGAAUAAAUAAAUGUUCUAUACAAACUGCA